UUCUUUAAUCGACUGGAAGGCCGCCUUUGUUUCCAUUUCUCCCUUUUCCCCCUCUUUCCUGUCGAAGAAUCCCUGCAUUUCCUCUCGGAUCCGCUCCAUUCUUCUUCCAAAUCCCCAAACUCCACCCUUUCUCAUUUCUGAUAGACCUCUUGUACUUCCAAUCGCCUUCCAAUCCCCUAAAUCGACCCCCAUUUCCACGUAAUCGAACCCCGGCGAGAGGCGGCAUCGGUCUUGGCUGAGGCGGAGGCGAAGAGGAGGAUGAGCACCAAGGGCAACUGGUCGCCGUUGGCUAGCGGCCGGUUCUUUACCUUCUUUCUGGUGGCGUCGUGGUACGCCUCCAACAUCGGUGUGCUCCUCCUCAACAAAUACCUUCUUAGCAACUACGGCUUCAGGUACCCCAUCUUCCUCACGAUGUGUCAUAUGGCGGCGUGUUCGUUACUCAGCUACGUCGCUAUCGCCUGGCUGAGGGUGGCGCCGAUGCAGACCGUGCGGUCGCGGCUGCAGCUGGUGAAGAUCGUGGCGCUCAGCCUCGUCUUCUGCAGCUCGGUUGUUAGUGGGAAUGUGUCCCUCAAGUACCUUCCGGUGUCGUUCAAUCAGGCGGUGGGAGCAACCACGCCCUUCUUCACCGCCGUGUUCGCAUAUAUUAUGACCGUGAAGAGAGAAUCCUGGAUCACCUACAUUACUCUUAUUCCAGUAGUCUCUGGUGUCGUCAUUGCCAGCGGGGGAGAACCAAGUUUCCAUUUGUUUGGCUUUCUCAUGUGCAUAGGUGCAACUGCUGCAAGAGCACUUAAGUCAGUGUUGCAAGGGAUAUUGUUGUCGUCUGAAGGGGAAAAACUAAAUUCUAUGAAUCUUCUCCUGUAUAUGGCUCCAAUUGCAGUUGUUUUAUUACUCCCUGCUGCUAUAAUCAUGGAGGAGAAUGUGGUUGGCAUCACAUUGGCACUUGCUAGAAAAGAUAUCAGAAUUAUAUGGUACCUAUUGUUUAAUUCUUCUCUUGCCUAUUUUGUGAAUUUGACCAACUUCUUGGUGACCAAACAUACGAGCGCUUUGACUCUCCAGGUUCUUGGAAAUGCCAAAGGUGCCGUUGCUGUGGUUGUCUCAAUUUUAAUAUUCAGGAAUCCAGUAACAGUCACCGGGAUGCUUGGUUACACAGUCACAGUAGUUGGUGUUAUUCUUUACAGUGAAGUGAAGAAACGCAACAAGUGAUUCCUUUAAUAAUGACGAUCAGGUGGGUUUUUCUUUUUUCUUUUUUUUUUUGGCCCUUUCCCCCUUUCUCUCUCCCACAGCCAUCUCAUUUGCUUACUGAUGUCGGUGGUUGGUUAACUCAUAUGUGCAAUUCAUGUAGCAGCCCGCACAUGAUUCUUUGGCGCAAAACCAAACAGUAAGCUCUUAACAUUGAAGACUAGAUAGCGAGUAGGAUAAACAAAGUGCCAAUAACUAAUUGGCAUCUAUAUUAUGUGAGUUGCAUUCUUUUCUGAAUCAUUUUGGUAGAGGUUUUGAUAAAUAGACUCAAUUUUUAGGGAUCAUAUUCUCACUUCCGCUCAGUCUUUUAGAUUGAAUUUUGCUCGUAAGAGAUUGAUAAACCUGCUUUUUGUUGUAUUCAGUGUAAUAUGCAAAUAUUUCUGACAUACAUCGUAACAAAUUUAUAUUUAUAUUUGUUCAUUUUUCCAAAUGUCUUUUAA